AUGGAUCAACUCAGCUCCCUCUACGUCCGCAUGGCGAGCGGGGCGCACAGCCAAAUGCACAACCCCAGCUCCGUCAUGGGCUUUGUGGACCAGAUGCAGAGUCGCAUGGAGAAGAGCUCGGUGCCCCGCAAGAACUAUCUCAUUGACUCCUCCACUCCACACAGCGACACCGUCAUCGCGGAGUCGUCGGCGCUGAAGCCCAGCGUGGGGUGGGUGACACUGCAGGUGACGGAGGGUAUUCGCCGCGGCAUCCACGAAUGGGGCAUCAAGAUCGAGCACCACGGCGAGAGCAACGAUGGCAGCGGGCUUAUGCUCGGCAUCGUGCCAAAGAACUUCACCAAGUACGACACAUUUAUUUCGCAGGGCGGUGGCUGGUGCCUCAGCCGGGCCGGCAAGCUUUACGGCCACUGGCGUCGCACCGACAGCGGCGGCGGCGUGCUGACUUUUGGCACCGGCGACCGCGUCGUCCUCACUCUCGACUACGACGCCGCCGUCAUGACCGUGCGGGUGGGUGAUAAGACAGUCGUCGGCGAGCUCAGUGGACUGACGAUGGAGGUGUUUCCCGCCAUCUCGCUCCACUACCGGCACCAGCACGUUCGCUUCGACCACCACGCCGUCCGCGAAACGGCCGAGCAGCACCUGCCGUGGCUGCAGCGCCAGGCCUUCCCGUUCGCCCCGGCAUUCUUGCCACUUAGCUUUUCGGAGGUGCAGCGGCUGCCGCUCAACUCGUACCUCUUUAGCAACCUCUUUCGACACCACGCGUCGCUGGAGUGGAGCAGCGCGAUGGCCGACACCGCGGGCGGCGGCGACGCUGGCCACCCGGCCAUCUCCGCUCCUGGAGCUUCUGGCAAAAAACGCAACGCGGCAGCAUCACUGUCGUCCUCCUCGGAUACCCUUGCCGUUGCACGACAUGCCGAGCAGCGAGCAAUGCGCUUGUACACGUCCUCGGAAGCAGCCGCGGCGCGUCUAACGGUGCUGUCACGCGCCUUCGCGGCGGUUCGCCGGUACGCUGCGGUGGUGCCUGGGAAAAGCUGUUUUCUCGCUCCUCACGUGACAGCGGAGUAUCUUCGGCAGCGCCUGUACUCGGCGGCGCGCGAGCCGAGUCUCGGCAGCGGCGGUGGAUCAGCACUCACGACCUCUGGAGGCCUCUCGAGCAGUGGCGCCAGCGCCUUCCGCUUCGCUGACAGUGCUGGCUACGACGCCACGCUGAACUGCGGUGCCGUCAUUGUCGUGCACUUGUUUAUUCGCGCCGUGUCGAGCGGGCAGGAGGUGGCCGUCUCACUUGUGCACAGCUUCCGCGACUACCUGCUGUCCCUGCCGAUCUUCUCCCUGGUGGAGUACGACGGGUGCGCCAGUGGCAACGGCUGCAGUGGCGGCGGUGGCGGUGCGCGUGGUGCCCCUUUCAGUGGAGGCAACUAUGGUGGUGGCGGAGGUGCGCGCUCGGCGCUGGCGCCGGACACGGUGCAGCUUGCCGUGGACCACAUAGUGAAGCUAGUAGAAUCUGCCCUCAAAGUGGCUGAGGCAGCACUCAACACAGCGGCGCCAAGCUCAAAUGGUAGUAGUUCAGGCACAUCAGCUGGCAAGCGUAAAGACAGCAGCGGUGACGGCCCGGUUGUUACGCCGCUGACGUCGGCGCUGCUGGAGGUGGCGGUGGUGCUGGCCCUGCAACGUGGCCUCGUGAGUGAAGUGCUGCGCGUGUCGCGGUACCUCUUACGAGUGCCAUCGGGCAUCUUCUCGCCACCCCUGGUGCAUUGGUUGAACCGGCAUGCCGCCGGCCUCACGCCGCAGCAGGCCUUGCCAGACGUUGGACGAGCAUUGAAGCGCGCAUGCGAAGACCCCUCUGCUUUCAUAGUCACGCCAGUGGACCCCAUGACGAGGGUGCUAUCGGUGGCCUAUGGCAUCGGUGCUACGCUGUUUGUGCACACGGCGGACGGACUAACCAAGUACGGCCCCUCCGCCGCCACACCAUACGUCCUCGUGGUCGAGACGAGGCAGCCGACGGCGUACUGCGUCGGUGCAGCCUCGUCCAGCUUGGCGGUGACGCACACCCACGUACUGCUGCUGACAGACCUCAUGGCACCCGCCGAGGUGGCGCUGGUUGUUUACGGGCUCCAGCUUGACACGCACCAAGUCCUGCGCUGGGCAGAUAUGCACGGCAGCUGGCCCUGCACGCUUAAUGCGCACCCCCAGCUCGUGAGCACCACAGAGGAUCGCGUUCUUGUCGUGUACGAGGACCACCAGCAGCAGGCACCUUCAGCACGUGUGCUGAACGGUGCAGCGGCAGCAGCCGGCACGCCGGCGAGCGCAGCGGCGAACGGCGGUGUGGCCCACUCCACGGCUGGUCAGAGUCUCUCCGCUGCAGCCGCGAAAGCAACCUCGGCAGAGUGGACAGUGAUGAUGCAGUGCUACAACGCCGCAACGGCUUCUUCGCUCACGGCGGCGCCGCUCUGGGCACGUGCGUUGCACCCCGCCGCGGCCCCGGCGGGGCUCUGCCUGAACCGAUGCCUUGCGCUGCGCAAGCCCAGCCUUGUCGAUCUGGGCAGCCCAGAGGAGCACUUGACCGUGGCGGGCGGGCAGGUGACGGUGGAGCUAUGGGUGCAGUUCCUCGACAAGGAAGACGCGGCAACGCUCUACCAACACGGCGACCGCAGCACAAGCGGCGAAGUCUUUCUUGAGCUGAUCAAGUCGGAAGGUGCGUACUGCAUCCGCGGCGGCUAUCGGCACGAGAUGCGCGGCUCGUGUCUUGUCUCGGCGCCGCUGCCGCCCACAGCGGAGAGCCGACCCUUCCACAUCGGUCUCGUCUUUAACGGGCGAUGGCGGCUCCUGUUUGAUGGUGAGGAAGUGGCCGGCAACCGCCAGGGUCCACACGUCUCACUCGACUCGCCAAAGCAGCGGUGGACGGUGGGGGCGAACUGCACGUGCUUGCUGACGGGCUUGCGCGUGUGGCGGCUGGGUCGCACGGCUCGCGAGAUCAGUCGUGACUACCGCCGCUCCCUCGUCGGCGACGAGCCGGGGCUUGUGGUGCAGCUCUUCUUCAACGAGAAGAGCGGAAACGUCGUCUUCAACUACGUGCACAACGUCAAGGCAUGUCACGCCGUCUGCAUCGGGGCCGUGGCCCACAAAGCGUGCGAUACGCACCCGUGGCGCAGCUACGGCUCAGGCGCGCUUGGCGGUAGCAGCGCUGCUGCGGCAAGUGCGUUCGUUGCAUCGACAGCGACAGCGUCAGGUGCGGCUGUGCCGGCGGCCGCGUCGUCAUCGGACGUCACACCGGUGUGUGCGCGGCUGCACGAGUGGCGCAAUCUCACCAUCAGCACGUGCUGCGCCACGCGACACGCGCUCAUUGUCAGGACGCCCAUCAGCGAUGAUGGCCCCUACGCGCUGAGGGAGGGCGGCCACGUGCUCAUGUUCUUCGACCUCGCUGCCGGCGUCGCGCAUCACUCGCUCUUCUUCCUGACAAGCCGCAGCCCGGUGCGACAUAUGAUGCGCGCCGACCCGCAGGGGCGGCUGUGGGAGCUGUUCGAGGUGGAUGUCGGUCUUGUGAAGGGGGAGCAGGAGGCGUCCUACCUUCUCUCCCUGCUCGGCAACCCCGGGGCAGCGCCGCAGCGACCGCGCGAGCGGGUGCUCGCCGUGGCGCCCCUGCCUCUCAUGGAGGAUGAAGAAGGGCUGGACAACCUCAGCACACUGGCGAACGAGGGAGAGGACGAGGAUGGCGACGGCGCAGAGGAAGUGGAGUCGCGCGACUCGUUGGGUUCGACGACGACGAGCGAGAUCAACCCUGUCGGCAUGGACCGCAACACGACAGACUCUCAGAGAUCUAGCGAGGCGGCUGCGUCACAGGCCACCCAGACCCUCUCACGCUUGUCCUCCUUCACGGCACUCGUCGCACAGCCUUCGUCGGUGGUCACCUACGGCACGGUGGCAUUGUGGCUUCUGAAGCUUCUGGCCCUCCAUGCCGAGUCGGAGCCCGGCGUCGAUCAGACGCUCUUCUCUCCCCUCGCAGACGAUGUGGGGAGUCGAUGCGUGACGGAGGUGCGGCUCAUCUUGGGCGAGCACUUCCGCGUUGUCAAGUCAAACAACGCGCGUCGCGCCGUGGCGCUGAAGAGCUCCGUGUCGUGGGUGGUGGUGGCGGCAGCGCUGCGCGUCUUACUGCGGCUGGUGCGCCGUGCGCGGGCCUUCGGCCUCCACCCCACGCCGUUGGGGCUGACAGUGGUUAGAGAGGGCACGGAACGCGACGGUGGCGAUGCGGCCGACGGGUUGCAGUGCUCGCCAACGCACGCCUCGAAGGCCACAAUGACGCUGCUACUGCGCGAGCUGCACGCGUCUUCGCUACGACGACGUGCUAGUGCGUCGAUGGUGCGAUCGCGGCGGUCGGCGAUUGGGCACCCGGGCAGUAGUAUUGCAGACGAUGGCGACGGCUUCUCGACAGACAGCUUCACGCUGCUAGGCCUCCUCGGCGACAUCAUCAAUGAGGACGGGCUCACACUCCCGCCGGAUGUUGUGCCCCUCGCCCGCGUCAUCACCAUUGAGGGCGUCGAGUUAUUCUUGCCCGACGUCCGCCAUCGCGCGCAUCUCCUGCGGGACCUGCUUCGCGCCUCCUCCGGCGUCUCCUCGCAUCUCCCCCCCACGGCCGCCGGCGAUGCCGCUGCUGCCUCACCGCUGUCCGUCACCGCGGAGGAGCGAGUGCCGGCUAUGGAAGUGCUGCUUGACGCAGUGGCGCAAAGUUUCACCACUGUGCUCGCCGCGGCGCCUCUGCUCGGCGUGGAUGACGACAGUGCGGGGCCGGGCAGCGCGGCAUCCCUCACGGAGCUCUGUGGCACCCUUCGCACGCUUCUCGAGGAGUCGUCUGUGCAGUGGCAGCGUCUGUGGGCUGUGAACACUGCGAUACGGUCCGUCCGCAAGUUUUCGGCCUUUGCGACAUCCCUGUCGGAGGCCAUCGCCUCGCUGCAACUGCUGCUGCUCAGCGCCUGCCAGGGCUCGCGGUGGGAGGUGGCGCUGACCUUGAUGUACGCCAGUGGCGGUGGCAGCGCAGCAAACCGCGUCGCCGACGCCACCCGAGUCCGCGACGGGGGUGGCCAGGGUGACAGUAGCAAUUCCGGCAACGGCGCGACAGCGAACGGGGUCGCUGGAAGCGGCGUCGGCGGUGUGAACGGCGGCAGCGCAGGUGUUGGCGGCCCGGACAGCGUUGCGGCCGCUGCGCUCGAUCUACAGCGACUAUGCUUCUCGCAAGCCGCCGCCUACCACCCUUGCGUACGGGCCUACUACGGCGCGCUCUUUGAUGGCACCGAAGUCUGCCUAAGCCUUUGCGUGCAACAACCGGCGCAGCAGCUAUCGACAGGCAGUACCUCGAAGACUGCAGAGCGGGCCAGCGGCGGCGGCGACAGCGGGGCGCCGCUGUCAGCGAUGCUGUCGAGCCUGGCCCCAACGUUCGUGAACGCUCCACUGCACACGGCCUUGAGCGCUAUCCCGCUGGUCCUCGCUGCCGAGGACGCGGAGUGGUUCCUCAAACGCCUCGAGCACCUGCUUGUGCUGUGCGAGACGCUGCUGGAGCGGGUGGAGUUGCUGACGAGACCCGACAGCGGCACUGACAUCUUCGCCAGCACCACGAACGUCAGCAGCCCACUCCUUCCUGGCAGUGGUAGCGCCAGCUCUGCGCGACGGCUCGUGUGCUCACUGCGCGAGGCGCUCUUCUACGCCUCCGUGUGGGUCGCAGCAUUUCUCUUCAACAGCACGGCCGUGUCCUCCGCCAGCGUCAAGGCCGACGCGGUGCGGCGCCGACUUGGCCUCUUGUCCGUCACAACAACACCGACGACGCAGCGGCAAACGGCGCAGCUCACUGGCCACGCACCGUCCGUGGCAACAGCGACGAGCAGCACGACCGGGGCGCCACCGUCCAGCAGCACCGCUGACGACGCAGCCUGCACCGCAGUGGGAGAGGAGCUCGCCCGCGUCUGGGAGCACCCGCUUCUGGAGGGCGGUCUCUGGUCCGGCACCGUUGCGACAGCAGCGGCUGCGCCUCAGCACCGAGCGCAGUUCGUGUCGCGGCUGAUCAAGAAUACGGCGUACUGGACUGCCAAGCAAACGAUGCUGGAUCCUCUGGCCUCGAAGUCGCAUCCUGCCAUGGGCCCUCUCAUCACCGCCAUGGCGGCGGCGGCGUUGCACCUCAGCGCCGUACCACUGCAGCACCUUCCGCCGACGCAAGUUGAGGAGUUGAUGUGCACGGUCAUGCGAAAGCUCUCGCGGCCAAUUCGCACCGAGUUGCUAAGCCGACGUGAGGAGGACGAAGACGACGGCAACAGUGCACCUCCAUCACCCUCCACGCCCUCGCCUCCUUCAUUGAGUCGGCCGGAGUCCCUGAGGCAGACGCUGGCAGAGCUGCAGCGUCGCUGCGAGGUGCUACUGCAGGCACGGACAUGCACCGAGCUGUGGACAGUGGAGGACGCCCUGUUUUGUAUUCCGACUGAGCGUGCCGCCGCUGGUCGCUCGCUGGGGUCUGGGAAGGCUGCAUGGGCUAACUCCCCUCUCCUUCCGGAAGCCUCGGCACCGUCCUCGUCGGCGCCGAGCGCCUUGGGUGCACUGCGCUCUGCGUGGAGCUCGUACCAGCUACGGCGAAUGCGCUUCCGCGCGCACGCCGCCUCGCACCCGAGCUGGACGCUGCACGAGGCUACGCAGCUCGUCACGAGCGUGGUACUCUCUCGCCAGAUUACGGCGGAGCUUCUGCGCGCCGCUCUGCAACAGCGCGAGGAGCUGGCUGCGCUGAGGCGUACAGGCAUCGAGCACAUCUUCCGGCUCGUGCAGCGGGCCCCGCACAGCGCCGAGAGCGCCGCAAAGCUGCUCAGUGCACAGGGUCGCGGCGCUCACACGCACUAUGAAGAGGGCAUCAGCGGCUGUGGCAGCGCCCACGUUGACCACAUUCGCCGCACCCUCUUCGACCUGCUGCGCUGGUCGAUAGAAGAAAUGCCGACCCAGCUGGGCGCUAGCGGCAGUGCUGCGCGCGAUGGUGGCGGUGCACCACUCUCCAUGACGAGCACGGCAACGGUGCUAUGCAGUCUUCUCGACCGCAGCUGGCGGCCACGUGACUUUGCAUUCUUUGUGCAGCUGCGGGUGGUGCCGACCAUGAUGGAGACGUACGUAACCCUCUUCGUGUCCGUCAAGCGCGCCGACGACGAGGAAGCGGCAGAAGUGACGUCAGGCACGCGCAGCAGCGGCGACACGUUUGGGCUGCGGCGUCCCUCGACCGCCGCAGUCGCAAUGGCGGCAAGCAACAGCAGUGCUAGUCCGACAGACGAUGGCGCGACGGCGAUUGAUUCGCGCGCCGGGUCGGUGGAGAUGCGCCACGUCAACCUCGCAGAACGGCAGAAUCGCGAUAAGGUUAUGGCUGCGCAGCAGGCGCGUCGCACGAGCAAGAGCGCGCUGAUGUCGACCUUCACGCUGAAUCGGGCCGGCAGUACCGGUGGCGGCGGUGGUGUAUCGCACGGCUCUGCUGGGCCCAUAGGUGGCGGCACCGGCGACGCCGCCCUGCAGCAUACUGCCGUGGAGGCCAUGCAGGCGAAGGUGUGGCAGUGCUUCAAGAGUUUGGCUCUCCAGUCGACGGCGAUGCUGACGCCCGAGCACAUUGCAAGUUUGUCGCGAGUAGAACAGACCUCCGUCAUGACGUUCUUAGCUGACAUGCUUGGUGCGAUGGAGACGGAGCUGCGGCUGUGCCGGGACAUGCUGUCGCGGGCCGUGAAAGACACGCCAACGCUGCUAGCGCAGGCGAGCGAUGCUGCUGUGCUGGAGCCGCUGGUGACGGUGCAGGACCAGGUAGACCUGCUGCUGAGUUUCCUGUCCGUCGUGAGCGGGACGCUCUGCUCCGCCUCGUUGUCCGUCAGUGUCUCUGCGCCGGUGGGCCACACCACAGCAGGCAGCGCACCAAACGCACGAAGCGCCAGCGGCGACGGUAGUCCUAGCGCCCGCGACGGCACGGCACUCUUUCUCAGCUGCACCUUGAGCACGGUGUGCGCCACCAUCGCAGAGACUCUGCUUGAGCUCGUCUUCUUGGACAUGUACCACGCGCGCGCGGUGAGCGCCGACGCCGGCGUGGGGUGCGUCGUGCGAGACGCCGCGGCGUGUGCCAGGGUCGCGGCGCUGCUGCUGUGUCGUUGUCAGCCGUCUGCUAUCCGCGGCAUCACCGUUGCACCGGGUGUGUGGCAAGAAAUGUACGAUUCGCCGGCGUUCGCGAAGAUGCCGUUGCCCGCCUCCUCGUCUCUGAACGGCGGCCAUCCGUGCAUGCAGAAAUUUCUAGACCUCAGCGUGUACGCCUUAGCCACGACAGGGCUGAGCCGCACGACUCAGCACGUACUGCUGGCCUUCCGCCGACUCUUACAUCAGCCAGCGUGGGCCGCGGAGUUGCGCGGCUUCGCGUCAUCCUACCAGGAUGUUGUCCACGCUUACGCAGCGUCCGUGCUUAGCAGUCGCAGCGGUGGGAGCGAGACGGUUGGCGCAGCAGGUAAAGCGACAUUGACCGGCGCGGACGACGGUGCGGCAGGCACGAGCAGCAACCUCUCCACCAACACCCAGGCCCGGGGCCGCGAGGUGCAUGCUGUCCAUCUGUACGUGUGGUCGGCGGUACUGGGUGGUCAGCUGCUGGUCCCCCCGACCUCGCCCGGAGCGUCCGUUACUUUUCUGGACGAGAAGGACGGCUAUCAGGCCGUCACCGCGUGUGUAGUGGAUGUGGAGGCAAUGGCGCCGACGUCGGUGGGGCCCGGCGGCAUGCCGGCCAAGGCCGGCACGUCGUCCUCAGCCCAGUGCGUGCGGCCUAUUCGCGGCUCGAGCCACUUCGUACUCAGGACGGCGGCUACCGCCGCUGAGGGCGAGAAGGUGCGCGGGGUGGUUGUCGUACCGACGGAUGCAACAGGGCACAAUGGGAAUACAGAGGAGGUGCAGCUGUCGCCGAACCAGCUCUUCUUACCAGCCUGGGAGAACGCCAUCGUGGUGCCAUCGUACGCGGGCCUGGUCGAUGACUUCCUCGCACCAGCGCUCCGCCUCUGUGUGCCGCUUGUGAGUGAAAAGCUGGACACGGCGGCCGGUUUCACAGGAUUCGAGCUGACCUACUUCAUUACUCUCUUCCACCUCACAGCCGGCGUGGCGCGCGCGCGGCCGGACCUGGGGCGGCAGCUCAUCCAGUGCGGCGCGAUGAAGCCCAUCCGACAGUACGCAUUGCAGGGUGUGGUGCGGCUUCCAUUUCCGUUGAAGGCGCUCAGAGAGUUCGGCGCCUUGGUGGCGGUGCGGGCUGCUGAGGCCACAGCUGAUCGCAUCUGCGCCCCGGCAGACAACACCAACAAUGCGGGCGGCUCAGUGAGCAGCGUCGCCGGCGCGGCCGCAACAGGCCGAGCAGGGGCGCCCUCGCUCGCUGCUGCCCUGGCGGCUGUUUCCGCCACUGAAAUUAGUCGCGUCAGCGCCGGGUCGCGAUCCCCGUUCAGCUCGCCCGUGUCCACGCAACACCAGACGUUGCCCGGAGUGAGCGAGGCUCUGCUGGAGAGCCUCCGCAGCGUGUCGCCCGGGCCCUCGGUAGGAUACCCGGCGACCUUCCUCUCUGGCCUUCCCCAAUCCAGCGCCACCGCCGCAUCCUCGAGCGGCUUCCCGCGAGACUCGAACGAGUACGGCCUCUCACGUCUCGCGCGCAGCUUGGGAGUGUUUGGCGGUGCCUACGGUGGAGCCGCGAUCAGCGGCGCCUCCUCGCAGCAGCCGAUGCGGACGACAUGUGCGUCGGUGGCAAACAUCCUCAGCGGUGGCUCGGGUAUUACCAGUACGACGGCACGCAUCCCACCGCGCACGGAAGUGGGAAGCGGGGCACCGAUGUUUCUGUCCUUUCCCAUGUGGCCUGCACACGACGUGCCACCUUGUGGGGCUGCGCGGAGUGGUGCUGCGGGGCAGCCGUCUGUGCCAGCCGCUGUUGAGAUCACACCGUCGCGCGCCGGCGUGCACUUCCCUGUCUGGGAGGACGGCUUCGCGAUCGAGCUGGCGGUGCUGCUUAGUGACGGCGAUAUGUACCCCGCUAUGGGUGACGCGCUGAGUGUGCCGUGCUCGUGGCCGAGGCCGCAGCUGGCCGCCUCCGGCGGCGCCACAGCGCUGGAGUUUCCGCUCUUGACGCUGUACACGUCCGCAGACGGCGGCAGCAGUGGAGCGGUGGCGGCGGCGUCAUCCGAUGCGGACCUCUUCCCUUUUCUGCAGUUGAGUGUCCGAGAGAACAGCCUCAACGUCGUCGUGCGCCUCCCUCCCUCCACCGUCGGCGCACCAGACGGCAAGGAGGUACUGCGCUGCAGCGCGCGGCGCACGCUGCGCCGCGAGGACUGGUACCACUGCAUGCAUGUCUCCGUUAUGUGCAACGCGCAGAGCCUGGCUCUCUCCCGCAACGGCGAGAUGACGUCUGUGGAGUGGGGUGGCGCGGCCGGUGUCGGUCGGUGUGCAGAGGCGGUGCUGCGACAAGAGGGUGCCAUCCGCAAGGUCGUCCUCGGACGUGCGGCCACUGGAAUGUCGUCUGCGCCGCCUCGCGAGGUAGAUGGACCGAUGGCGCUGAUUGGGGGGCUGCGACUGUGGAGCACCUCCGUGUUGCGGACGUCUCUCCGCGUCGUUGCGGAGCUGGUCGCUCGUGACCGGGCGCUGCAGUCGAUCGGCCUGCACGAGAAUGUAUGCUACCUCGAUCUAAAGGAGGGCACCGGCGCCGUCGUCGAGUCGGCGGACAGCCAGAAGCAGUUCCGCGGGGUUCUCUCUGGUGGCGUGCGGUGGGCAGCAGAGCCACUGCCGCUCGGCUUCUACCCGUCGAUCGAACUCAACUCAGGCAACGUGCUCGACGGAGUGACGGCGCCACUGGCGAGCAGCAUGCGCGUGCCGCGCGUCGCCAUGGCCGCCUUUGUCGACUCGCUCUCCUCCUUCUACUACGAGCGCUUCGGUGGCGAUGUGCUGUGGUCGCUGCUGACAUUAGCGGCACGCUACGCGACAGUGACGGCGCUGGAAGUUGGCACGAGCCCCGCCUACGCCCUGCACUGCCUCGCAGACACAUCCGUGACCUCCUCAGCCUCCGCCAUUGCUGCGCGUAGUGACAUGGCCUUCGAUCCUCGCCAAGUGCUCGACCCGGCUCAGAAGGUGCCGCAUCAGUUGAACCGCCUGUUCCAGCUCCACGACAGCGGCUACCUGCCGAACGCGCACGAGCGCCUUAUACACGCCGUCGUGCAGCGCCUUGUGGCCGUGCUAGCGGCGGCGGUGCCGGAGGAGGAAGAGAAGACAGACAAGUCCUCGGUGGUCGCCAGGGUCGUUGGUGGCUUUGGCACGACAGCAGCGCGAGCUGCAUCACAGCUGUGUGGGCUCGUCGCCGACACGGCCUACGUGCUGCGACAGUUGCGAAGAGAUGACGGUGAGAUCUUCGUGAUCGAGGUGCCACCGCCAGGCCAGGCGGCCUCCGCUUCUGCUGCUAUUACUCCACCCGUCGUUCUCCCGCUCGCCUUCACCAAUGGCGGCACUGGCGUGCUGACCUUUGACGCGAAGUACCGCAACAUGGAGCAGGCCACCGUGUACAAGGACGUGGAGCUGAAGAACGUCAUUGCCAAGUACCCGGACGGGCAGGGUGGCUGGCCGUUGUGCACCUUGACGGCGACGGAGACCCCCUGGGCGUUCCUGCGCAGCGUGCCUACCUCCACAUCUCAUCGGCUGGCGGCGGACAGUAAGCCGUACAGCCCUGGCAGCAUGCCCUCCUCCUCGAUCGUCACCGUCACCACCAAGUCGCUCAAGCCCGCCAUUCUGCACGCGAUGGUGAAGGCAGUGUGUGACGCCCUGCGCAGCCUCGCUGGCGCGAGCGACCAGGGCCAUCGGCGCGGCAACGGCAGCGCCGGCUCCUCCAUUGCCGAGCGUGCAGCCGCGUGUCUGUUCGAUGCCCGCGUCGUGGUCUCCCUCAUUCAGCAGAGCAGCGCCCGCUCGAGCGAAGACGACUGCGUGCACUUCGUGCAUAUCCUGGCGACAGUGAUGCGGCUCUGGCGGGACAUGCCAGAGGUGCAGCCGUAUGACCAAGUGCCCCUCGCCAUGGCGAUGUCGCACCUGAACACCCCGCUCUGCAGCAUCAUCCAGCACAUGAACAGCGACUCCGACAUUGGUUCUUUUGUGUCGUUGUCGACUGGCACCUACAGUCCGUACGUUCAGAGCCUACUCGGGUUGCUGGUGAGCGCCGUGCACGCUGACUGCGCCUGGGCCGGCCGAAGCUACGUGGAGCAACUCCAGGGUCGCUGGCGUCGUUUGUGGGGGAUGUGGCAGCGCGCCGUCGUGUACCGGCCAUUGCAGUUGGCAGAUUCGAAGAGGAGGGGGCGCAAGAGCGCCGCUUGUGCCGGCAGCACAGGCAAGGGCGUGCGAACCGCGCUUCCGAGUGGCGGGAGAUGCGAUAGGGCCGCCGAGGAGGUGGCGACCGCCACCACCGCAGGCAGCAGCGCCUUCCGUGCUCUCUUCCUGGCGCCGCCCUCGUCGAGCUCGAGCCGUCACCAGCUGCAGGGAGCCAGGCCAAGCGUGGAGAUGCCACAUGUGGACUCGCUCGACGCCUCCGUGGCGAUCGCAGGGUCGUCGACGACCGGGCAUGGCACCACGGAGAGCCCGGAGCUGGUGCCGAGCGACGGCAGCCACGCGGGUGAGGAGGACCCUGUCAACGGUGGUAGUAGCGUCUACAACGCGGCGGCGAGCAGCGGUGAUAGGUCGCGAGCACCGCCGCUUGUGGUGGAGCUGGUCGCUAUGCAGUCAGUGUCAACUAGGCCAGCGGAGAUCGGAUCUUCGUCGCCCUUUUCCUCGGCGACGGAGAGCCAUGACCGGCACCCGCAACUGACGCAGAAAUACCCUCGCAGGCCGUAUCCAAGCGGUGUGUCACGCAAGGGCAACGGGCUCUGGGUGGUGCGCGCCACCUGCGCGGGUAAGGAGAAUGGCGAGGAGCAGAACCCGUUCGCAGCGCGCGACGGAGCCGCACGCAGUGUAACGACCGUGCGUAGCAGUGUCGGCUUGACAACCGGUGUAUUCUACUGGGAGGUCUACGUGGCGAACAUUAGCCGCGCCGAGCACAGCGCUGCCACGCUGGCCGGGGGCACCAAGUUGCCCUCCAACAUCCUCGUUGGAGUUGCGACGGAGCGGUGCGUGCCAACACACAGCAGCAGUAGCGCCACCGGCAGCGGUGCGCAGGCAGAGGCGCGAGACGGGUUUCUGGGCAGCGACGGUGAGUCCUGGGGUUUCGACGGAGGUCGUGCCAUGCGGCUCUGCCGUGGCUAUGCGGUGGAGUCGAGCCCCCGCUCGCGGUGGAAGGUGGACGACGUCAUUGGCUUUGUGCUGGACCUCCGCCAAAACAAGCUGAGCUGCCUGCACAAUGGCCGUCUCGUCUCCGAGUUCAGCGAUACUUUCCUCUCGGAAGAGCAGCGCGCCACACGAGUCGCCGUCUUCCCCGCCAUCACGUGCACAGGGGAGGCCAGCUGCGAGGUGAACUUUGGCGCCACGGGUUUCGCCAGCACGCCGCCGCCGGGGUGUCUCCCGGUGGACUUGUCGAUCUAUAUCAGCGAGGAGGCGUGCCGGGUGUGGAAGGUGGUUCUGGCGGAUGAGGUCAGCACACCCCUUGCCUCGGCCACCGCAGCAGCCGCGACCUGCGCUGGACAGCCUGCCCGUCUUCUCCCCAGCCCUGUCAUUCCGCUGGUGGGCAAGCACCUGACACGCUUCACACAAGGCCGCCAAGGCCCGCUGGAUGUCGUCCUCCUGUCCUCGGACUCCAACGCGAAGCUCGUCACCUCGCGCGAGUGCAAGACAGACGACGCGGCGAGCCUUCUCUUCGGCAGUGUGGCCGCCACAUCGGGCCGCUGGUACUUCGAGGUGGUGCUGUCGACGGAACCGACUUUCAGCGUCGGCUGGCACGCGUGCAAGUCGCUUGAGGAGCAGGGCAGUGGUGGGAGAGGAGGCGCCGGCCUGGCGGGACUCAUCGGCAGCGCCGCCACCGGCGCUGCCGGCGGUUCAGCGAGCAACAGGGAUGCAGCCAUCGCCUCCCCAACCUCGCCGGGCGGCGUGCAGCUCUGGGGCGACGGGCCUUCGUGGCUUUUCGAUGCCGGCCGCAUGAUCGCACGGCACAACAAGCACCAGGUCAGCCUUGCCCGUCGCGCAUGGAAGUGCGGCGACGUUGUUGGGUGCCUGCUCGACUGCGAGGCCGGCACAGUGAGCUUCAGCGUCAACGGCGAGUUCCUGAAGGCGGCGCACGGGAGCGGCGCCGUUGGGGGUGGUGGGCGGGGUGGUGGCAAUGUCGCUGGACUGGGUGGCACGCGUGGCAACUCGGAGCCCUUCGAAGCCACUGCCGCUGCAUCCGCGUCUUCCACCCAAGACGCAACCGCGACGGCGCUCUUCAGCGAUGUGUGCAUGAGCGAGACGCACGGGCUGGUGCCGGUCAUUCUGCUGGAGCCCAAGUCGUCGCUCGUGUGUCUGUGGAACGAAGAGGAGCUUCUCUUCCCACCGACGGAGGGUGGCGACUUCCGGGCACUUGGAGGUGCCCGCGCGGUACACGACGCGUUGGUGGAGAUGAUCGUCGUACCGGAUGGUGAGGCCGCCGCCCGUUUUCGUAUGCAUCCGCUCCACGACAGGGGGGACGCCGUCAGGCAGCCGAGAAAGGAGGAGGCGCUAUCCAAGCCGGUGGACGCCGUGGCGCUGCAGAAGCUGCUUUACUACGCGAGUAAGGUGCAGGAGCUGCACCCCACCAGCCUGCGCAGCUACACGAUGCCGUCCCUCUACGGUGUUCAUGGUGCAGCGCAGAGCCUUGAAAGUCCAAACGCAUCGGUUUCGCCUCCUCGAGACCUGGAUGUCAACGCCGUCACGCCGAGCCGCGCCGUCUCGCAGAGGCAUCAGCAGCGCGACCUCUGCACGGCCAGCGGCCUCGACGCGGCCACGCUGCAACCGCACCUGAUGGCCCUGCUUCUUUUUGGGCACCUCUCCACCCUCCUCUACCCACUCGCCCACCCUGGCGCUCUGCCGGCGACGGUCGAAGGCGCGCCGUUGGGCAGCAGCUGGGCCUUCAACGAGCUGCAGGAGACGCUGCGGGCGUGCCAGCGGUAUGCCCCGCCGUGGGCGUCGCUGCGAGCGCUACAGUGGUCGCUAGACACCUCGAACGGUGCGGGCAAUGCGGUGCGACUCAGCGUGAACCGGCGCAAGGCACUGACAGUGGUGCAGGACAGCACCGCCUCCGCCGUGCGCCGGCUUCGCGACAGCCUUUUCGGCCAGGUGUACCAGCUGCUCGCCAGCAAGCCUCCUGAGUUCUUCAUCACAAGCAAGAAGCUCUGGACCGUUUCCUUCUAUGGCGAAGGCGCCGACGACGUUGGCGGCCCAUAUCGCGAGUGCCUCACGCAGAUGUCUGCUGAGCUGAUGAGUACCUCCCUCGCCCUCUUUUUGCCCAGCGCCAACAUGGCCAGCGAACUUGGGGAGGUGCGGGACAGCUACGUUGUCAACCCGCUCUGCGCGCCACCGCUGGAGCUGCACAUGUACCGCUUCAUAGGGCGACUGAUGGGCGGCUGCCUGCGUGGCGGAGAGCCGCUUUCGCUCUAUCUGUCCAGCGCACUCUGGAAGUACCUCGUGGGGGAGGCGGCAGACGACACAGACAUGGCCCGCAUUGACAUGGCCACGCUGAACGCGCUCGGGUAUGUGGAGCAACUGGCUGGUUUUCCGUCGCCGAGCGGGGCUCUCGGAGGCAGCGGCGACAGCGACGACGCCGUGCGUGACGAGGAGCUCGCCGAGCUCUGCCCUCGCGGGUUUUCGCUUUUGAAUGACGCCGGCAUUGUGGAGGAGCUCGUGCCGGGCGGGGAACAGAUCCCGGUCACGGUGGCCAGCGGCGGCCUCUACACACGUCUUGUGCGAGAGCAUAAGCUGUACCGCACAGGGGCGGCGCAGCUCCGCGCGCUGCAGCAGGGUUUUCACGAGGUGGUGCCGCUGUGCAGCGUAUCGGGGCUCAAGUGGUACGAACUGGAGGAGCUCGUGUGCGGGCAGUGCGACUACGACCCGGAUGCGCUGCUGGACGCGGCUCGGUACGAGGGGCUGUCCCCCACCGACGUCCGCGUCAGGUUUCUCCGUAGCGUCCUCCGCGGCUUCACGCGGCACCAGCGCGCCCUCUUCAUGCGCUUCGUCAGCGGGCGAGAGCGCCUGCCACCCGGGAUGCAUCUGAAGAUCAUGCCAGACGACGCACCACGUGUGGCGCCCAUCCCACCUAUGACGCCGGACCGAGCAGCACCGUCGCUGCAGUCUGUCUCUCCACAUUGUCGGCAACGCGUGGCCACUUCCACUUCACACGACACGACAACGGCAGUGAUGACGCCGCAGCCGCCGCCGAGCAGCGAACAGCGAUGCGGCACCUCUUUCGUGCGCCACAACACGCUCGCGCAAAGCCGCCCCAGCAGCAACACCAGAACCAGUACACUGCCGCCGUCACCGCCGCAGCUCGGCUUCACGCCUCCUCCACCCCGGGCGGUGUCGCGCAUGGUGCCGCCGCCUGCCCUGCAGCCAGGUCAACUACAGCCGGUCCGGGGCAGCGGCAGCGGGGGGCAGUCGCACGCGCCAGUCUCAUUGCUCUCGCCGCUCGGCACGCAGGAGCGAUGCCGACAGCAGGAGUCGAAGGGCGGCGACGGGAUGAUCGAGGACGGCGUUGACUCCUCCCUCUGUGACGACACGCGCUUGCCGCAAGCCUCGACGUGCUUCUACUGGCUGCGUCUGCCCUGCUACAGCUCCACGUCGGUCAUGGCGCAGAAGCUUCUGUUUGCGAUUGAGCAGUGUGUCGAUAUCGAUGCGGACUUCCGCGUGCACGACACGGACGUGGCACAGCAAGAAGUCGGUCCCAGCCUGGCCCGCGUCAGCAGCGACGAGGACGACCUCUUCGAGGACUUCUCUCAUCUCCGGUGA